CCGUGGUGUAUCCACGUAUACCCGAUUAAAUGGGCCGAAAACUUCGGAUCGGAAACGUUUCCGCGCCUGGAUUCGGCCCAGCCGGCCCAACAUCACAGCACAUCCCACCUCCUGCCCUACUCCCGUGACCCGUCGGGCGUCGGCUCUCCCACGCGCAGCCGCCUCACGCAGCGCAUCGCCGCAUUCUCCCGCUCGACCUGACGGCUGACGCAGCGCCUCCGCCUCUCGUCGGCCGCCGUCCGUGAGGCCGCCUCCUGCCAGCCGCCGUCCGCCUCCCGCGGCCACGGGCCGCGAGGCCGCCUCCCGCCGGCCGCAGGCUGCCUCCCGUCGGCCUCCGUUCGCCCGUGAUUACUCCCGUCGGCCUCCGGCGUAAGGAGCCCCAGCCCCUGUUCAGGAGGCUUUUUGGAAUCACGAUUUUUGAAGAACUGUCUGCUGUAUAGCAAAAUUAGGUUCCUGAUCACAUUAUGGACCAGCAACCUCAAAGUGAUGCUGAUUUUCUUGAGCCAUCAGUACUAUUAGACGAGACACAUUACCAGGAGGGCUACAAAAAUGGUUAUCAUGAUGGCCUAUCAUCAGGGAAGGAAGAGGGCAGGCAGGUUGGUUUAAAGAUGGGUUUCCAGGUCGGUGAAGAGCUGGGUUUCUAUCAGGGUUGUCUGGAUGUGUGGGCCUCCGCAACUCGCAUUGAUCAGAACGUGUUCUCAGCUAGGGUCAGGAAGAACAUUGAGCAACUAGCUGCACUGGUGAGCAGCUAUCCGCUGUCUGAUCCGGAGAAUGAACAAGUUCAAGAUGUGAUGGAGAAGAUAAGGCUGAAAUUCAGGGUUAUCACUGCAACCUUAGGGGCGAAGUUGGAGUAUGAAGGUCGCCCGGCAUCAUCGAAACAGGACGUUGAGGAUCUGUGAGGGCGAUAGAAAUUUUGGUCUCUCUGUCUUUGUCAUCUUGAGUUCUCCAAAUCCUGUCUUCAGCUCGUUGGUAUCAUGAAGAAUUUGGCGUGAGGAAACAAUUGUUGAAGCAUGAAUCAGUAAUACAAUUUUAGCUGUCUUCAGCUUUGUCCAUGAUCAGUCUCUAAGAUUUCACCAGAGAUCCACAAGUACUUGCUUAAUUGUGGAAUAUUUCCCUUUCACAAGUCAAAAACAUCCCUUAUAAAUAGGUUCAAGCCUUCCUUACCUCUUUUUUUAAGAGCAUCUUGUUAUCCUAUGUUACGGACUACUCCCUCUGUUCCAAAUUGAAGUUCUUUUUAGAUUUUCUA